AUGUUUCCCUAUUCAAAACUUCCAAUCAAAUUAAAAGCUCUGAGCCUGAAAUCGGCCACAAUCGAUGAUGUACCUCAACUGUUACGGGUCAACAAGAAGAUUCGAGCCUCACUACUACAAAAUGGAACAUUUCCUCCAAGAAAAACCGACUCUCUCGUGGUUGAGCUUCCAAUUUAUCGAAAGAAGAUCAGUUCGGAAAGUCCAUAUGAGUGUGUAUUCGCUAUCUCAUUCAACGGGACAACAAUUCCCAGCUUUCACAUCUCAGAAAGCGAAAUCGAGGUUGUUUCUGGGAAAAUUCGAUGGAAAAUCAGUGCCCCUGGGAGAGUUUUUUGGUCGUUGAUGGGUAAAAUAAUUAGUGUGAGAAGGUUUUCCCUCAGCUGUUCCCCUCAUUUCGGUCAUGGAGAUCUCGCCGAGAGAGAAUUCGAGAAUUUGCUUAAUCGUUUCUAUUUUCUACCAAAUCUUCAUCAUGUUAAUGAGUGGGAGGUAACUAGUGAUUCGGUUGAGUUUUUGGAGCUCUCAUUUACUAGAUUAUUCAUUCAGUCAUUCAAUCAGCUAAAGCUAAAAGUAGAUUGGGAGGGAAAGAAGGAAAAAGACGGAAAAGAAGUGAAAAGAUUUUUGUCAACUCUUUCGAAAUGUCCCAAGUUAGCCUCAUGUUGCCACUUUAUCUGGGCCGGGAAUCAGAUCCCAUGGCGACAAGUCGGUUCAUUCAAUCAAAAGCUUUUACUAUAUGAAAUUGAAGCAGAAUUGUGGCCAAAAUUUGUCGGAUCAUUGGGGAAAUUAUUAGCCGAAAAUCGAUUGCAAAAAGAAGAUCGACCCGGAUUUCUGAUUCAAUCGAAAUUCGGGACAAAUGAGUCGGUGGAUGAGCUAUUUGAAGAGUUUCUUGAUGAGAUUUUCUAUGGAAUUGUCGGCGUCGAAAUGUUGGAAGAAGAAGAAGGGAAAGAAGCUGAAGAAAAGGAGAAACUUCUGAAAUAUUUGUCGGAUUUGAGGCAAAAAUUGGCCAAAUUACGGUUAAAAGAUCAAGCUCUCGGCGUGGAGAUUUGCGAUAAAAAGCGGAAAAAUUGUUUCUUUCGAAAAGAUUUCCCUGAUCAAGUUCAAGCACUUGGAUGUGCGUCAAUCUUACUAUUAAAUGAAAAACCGAAAAACGGCGCCCAGCAAUUUGUCUAUCAGAUUUUCUUGAAAUAUUUCCGACCAUCACGCAAAGUGUCGACAAAUCUUGAUUUACCGGUUGCCCGCGAGAGGAAAAACUCGUAUUCGAUCAUUGCGAAAAGAAAGGUUUCCACGGAUUUUGUGCGAAAAAUGUCACAGCUUUAUGAGGCGAAAAUUCAGGAGAAUGGGACGAGACAU